GCAGUGUCCCAGAGGAGGAGGACGUCCCAUAUGGCUUGUUUUCAUGCUAUAAAGCUCCAAUAACAACCUUUUGGGACACAUUUCACCUGCUGACUGUGAUGCCUUCCUCAAAGAGCUCUAAUCACUGGACUUUAUCAGAGUUAUUUGGGCAGCGGCGACUCUUAGGGCUCGGAGCUCUGCUGGCAUGGCUUGUCCUUUUCCAUCUCCUUGUGAACGUUUGGCUUCUCUGCAUCUUCACCAGUCUUUUGGUGGUCCUCGGGGGUUGGCUCGGGUCCCGUGCCGUACUGGAUGCAAACAGCCUUCUCCACUUGGAACAUUUCUUGCCUCUUGGCCCAAUUAAUCCCCCUCUGUUUUCACCUGAACAUGAGUGGAGGUUGAACCAUGAGAUCGACAGUGCCGUCCACAAAGCAGUGCGUGACUUUGUGUCCUCAUGGUAUCGUACUCUGCUUCCAGAGGUGGAGGGGGAGUUUGAACGUGCAGUGCGUAAUUCAAUGUUGGAGUCAGUGAUGGAGCUGAAGGAGCGUGCGCGGCGGGUGGACAGAAAAGCACUGGUUCAACGGCUGCUGGAGCUGUACGGCCGUCACCUGCAGAGCUACAUGACAGCAAGACAGAUACAGUCAACACAGAGAGAGGGCAUUAGUCUGUGGCAGCUGUACAGUGAAGUAGAUGCCCCUCACCGAGCUGUGAGUAGUGCAGCCACUGAGCUCAGCUGCUCAAGAGCUCUAGUUAACCUGGUCUUACAUGUGCUUGUACCAUACCCUCAGAUGGAAACCAGGACUGGAGGUUACAUGGUUACAGAACUAAUCACCUGCAAUGUGCUGUUGCCGCUCAUAAGCAGGGUGUCUGAUCCUGACUGGCUGAACCAGACCAUUGUAGACAUAUUCACCAGGUCCAGAGAACCACAAGAAAUCAAUGUGAAUGAGCACCAGGCAGCUGCACUGUACAGAUGUCAGAUCCAGCAGGAGUCCUGGACCACCUGCAGGUCCCUGUCGUCCUCUGAACAAGCAGGCCUCUCCAGCCAAAGCACCUCUGACUUCGACGAUCUGCAGAGCAAGAGUCCGACCAGUGACAGGGACUCCUCACAGAGCAGCAUGGUUAGCCUGACGUCUGUGGAGAAGUUAGAAAGUUGCCACCCAGGUUUGCUCACACCAUGCAAAGUGAACUGCUGUUCACUCACAUCUGGCCAUUACUCCCAGUCGUCAGAGUCCAAAAGGAUUUCAUUGGACUCCCUGAUUCAAUCAGACUCGGAGGAUGACCUGACAGGAGGCUUUUGUGACUGUGGUCCUCCAACAAACUUCUGUAACAGGAGCACUUUAAAGGACGAUGAGGUCUUCGGCUGCUUUGGUCCUCUGAAAAAUCUUGGGCCGAAAGUUGUUGUGCCUGAGGACUCCCAGUGGCCUGCAGGUAUAGCACAAGAGAAAUCCCCAUCUUGUUCUCAGAGAAGACUUUGUCUAACAUCCUACAACUUUGAUACUUCCAGCAACCAAUCUUCACCUGUGCAUAUCCAGAAUGUGCAAAUUUCUGGUACUGUCACUGCAAAGGAGCAGCGUGGCACUGGCACACACCCCUAUACUCUCUACACUGUAAAGUUUGAGACAGUGGCUGAAGCAGAAAACACUGCCUCUCUGCAAUCUGCGGCCUGUCACGCCGUCAACCGGAGAUACAGCGAGUUCCUCAACCUGCAGACACGUUUAGAGGAGAAGCCUGAAGUUAAGAAAUUAAUCAAGAAUGUCAAAGGCCCGAAGAAAAUGUUUCCUGAUCUUCCAUUUGGCAACGCAGACAGCGAGCGAGUUGAAGCUCGUAAAAGCCAACUGGAUACGUUUCUUAAACAAUUAAGCAGCAUUCCUGAGACGGCCAACAGUGAGGACUUGCAGGAGUUCCUGUCUGUCAACACAGAGGUUUGCACAUAUUUUGGAAGAAAGCCUUUUGUCAAGUCAAGAAUUGAUAAGAUGAUGGAAAAUGCAUUAGACACAUUGAAGACAGCUUUCCCUCAUCCUGAGCCCCUCAGUCCAACAGAGGACCUUGAGGGAGAUGUUGAUGGAAGAACGAUGGACAACAGGAAGUACAGGAGGCUUAUGUUCCCAAGCAAAAUUUCCCCAUCUCUCAAUAUACCUGACCUACAUCCUAAGGUGACAUACUGCUUCAGUGAAGGCAGCUCUGUCCUCAAUGGUAUGUCUCUGUCUGGCCUGGAGAGCUUCGUCAAAGAGCAAGAGAGCCUCUUAUGUGCGCAGAAUGGGAAAGAGACGGCCAAGCGGAGCUGUGAGCAGCGUGACAAAGACAAGAAGGCUUCAGGGAAAACUCACGGGACAGACACAGCUGUUGCAGAUGUUGCUUUGAACAUCUUGUGUCUGCUGAUGAAGGACCAGUGGAGUUGGCUGUGCACUGAGAAUAUUCAGAAGACCAUCAGACUGCUCUUUGGCACCUUCAUUGAGAGAUGGUUGGACGUAGGAGUUGCCCACCUUACCAGUGCCCCAUGCUGGGUGAUUUACCUACAAGUGCUGCAGGAAGCUGUGUGGCCAGGAGGCACGCUACCUGUUCAACCAAGACCUGAGCGGAGUGCUGCAGAAAGAGAGGAAACUAAGGAGCAAUGCCUGGACUGUCUAAUGCAGCUGCUUCCCGAGCUCAUCACUGACAUGCUGGGCAGUGAGAAGUACAGGCUGAGCUUGGAGACCAUGCUGGAGUCUUUGCAGGACCAUCAGAUAAACAAGCAUCUGAUCUACUGCAUCUGUGACCUGCUGCUGGAGUUUCUGGUCCCUGAGUCGUGUGACGAGGCCUUCCAGAGGUCUCUGCUGCAGAGCCUGGCUAAAGACACAGAGAGGGACAAUCCUCACAUGAGAUCAGCACGUGAUUGACACUCUGGUGCUUCACAGUUGGAGGCAAUUGCUAGAUGAUAUGCAAUGCACUGCACAUAAAUCAAUGUUGUGAUGA